CAUUAUUUUAGUUCAAAUUCAAUAAGCCUAAAUAACAUUACUCCUGCCUUGUGGUUCUGCGGAGCAAGGAGCACUUCGCGCGGAGUUCCCAUGGAGCUCGACCUCGAAUUGUUUCUGCGAUCGCGUGGUGGCGAUCUCUCAUCAGACAGUAGCGAGGAGGGCGAGCCCACUGCCACGCAUCGCCGCACCGUGGACGAAAUCUUGAACGAUACCGAUUCGGAUUCCUCUCCCGCUCCCGGAGCUCUACCCUCCAUCUCUCAUGCUCUCCACAAAGAGAUUGUCACAAUCCGCGAGGAAGAACUGAGAGAUGGAGAUGAUGCCGAUCACCCGUCAUCAUCAUUUGUGGAAACCCUAGAAGAACCCUACAAAUGGAGAAGAGCAGGGGAAGUUUCCUCCUUUUCCUAUCUUUCUUCUCUGGGGUAUGCGAGCUACUCUAAUGCUUCCAGGUCUUCUUCAUCCGCCCGCCAGUUUCCUUCUUUGUUCACUGGCGUAAGGCCGAAGCCUAGGCCUGGCGCAGCACUCGCGGCUGCUGCAGCCGCAUCCAGGUCCAUUCCGACUCCUCAUGCGGCGGCGAUCAAGUCUAAAAGAUCAAGCGGCGGAUCUAUUCAAAAGGUUUUGUUGCUUGAGGAUUCGACGGGAGGGCUGGAUGUGGACGCAAGCUUCGUCUCGGAAGAUUUGGAUGAACGUGAUUUUUCCUUGGUGGCCUCAUCAAGUGGGCGGUUGGGAGGCGAUGAGGAUGUUGGAGUAGUAGAUUCUUCCUUAACUAUCGGUUCUUCUGCUUUGUCAGGCUUUGAUGUUGCAGCAGAUGAACUGCUUCAGGGCGAUGUAGUUUCUACUGAGAAGGAGCGGUCUUUUUUUGUUAGCGAUGGAGAAACAUCUGAGAAUGUGAAAGAGGAUUUGUCGCAUUCUCUUUUGCAAUUUGAAUCUAAGGAAAUUCUGGAGGACCUGCCUUCCCCUAGGUCAACCCCAGCGCACACUCAUGUGAAUGUUCUUGAAAUGAAUGACGAUUUACUAUCUGUAAAGAAAGCUGACGCCAACGAUGAACAUGAUCUUACCACUAAUGAGGCAUCGCGGGAAAUUAUAUCAAGUGAAGCUGAAAGUUUUAAUAAUAGUGACGGAAAAAAUAGUAGCAUCGGGGAAGAGAGCGGGACUUCCAGUGAAAUAGAUAGUCUGGUUGGCCAGUUAGCGAAUGAAGUGGAAGGCACACAGAAUGCGGAGAAGAAAUCUUCUACACCUAUGAAGCCGUUAGACUGGGCUGAAGAGCUUGAGAAGCGAAAGGCCUCAUCCGGCUUGCAUUGGGAAGAGGGUGCAGCUGCACAGCCAAUGAGGCUUGAAGGCAUUCGCAGAGGACCACCUGCUGUUGGUUAUCUGCAAAUGGACCUGGACAACAUGAUUACUCGUGCUUUUUCUUCACAAACGUUCAAGCAUGAUUAUGGAUUGCCACAUGUAUUAGCAGUGCAUAUGAAUUUUAUAGCAGUGGGCACAUCAAAAGGCGUUGUUCUUGUCUUUCCCUGCAAAUAUUCCCCUCAUUAUGCUGAUAACAUGGAUGGAAAGAUGCUGACAUUUGGUUCAUCUGGCGAGAAAAUUCCAGUACCUGUGACUUCUAUGUGCUUCAAUCAACAGGGUGACCUACUGCUAGUUGGAUACUUUGAUGGCCAUCUUACCAUAUGGGACGUACAAAGAGGGACGUCAGCUAAAGUUAUCACUGGAGAGCAUAAUGCACCGGUAACACAUACUUUGUUUCUGGAGCAAGAUUCACAAGUAUCACGCCAAUUCAAAGCUGUCACCGGCGAUUCCAAGGGUCUUGUUCUUCUUCAUACUUCUUCGGUGUUUAUUCUUCACCAUUUCUCCAUUAAGACUCAGUGCCUUCUAGAUGGCCAAAAAAAUAGCACUGUUCUGUGUGCAUGCCCUGUUGUGAUGGAUAAUUCUCAAGAUGUUGGUAGCACAUCUUCUCAAGUCUAUUCCUCAGUCCCUUCCAGCGGUCUAGGUGCAAAGGUUGGUGGUGUAGUUGGGGCUGACACCGGCUGGAAGCUGUUCAAUGGAAACCCCUCCAUAGUUGAAGAAGGUGUGGUCGUUUUGGCCACCAACCAAAAUGCUCUAGUGGUAAGGCUUAGUCCUACUGUCCAAGUCUAUGAAAAUCUUUCUAAACCAGAUGGAGUACGGGAAGGUUCCAUGCCUUAUGCAGCCUGGAAAUGUAUGGGCCAUUCUCAUGAUUCCUCUCUAGAUAAAGUUGCAUGGCUAGCCAUAGCUUGGGAUAAGAAAAUUCAGAUAUUCAGGUUGGCCAAAUCAAAGAUAAGAAGGCACAAUGAGUGGACCCUGGAUAGCACUGCAAUAGGUGUUGCAUGGUUGGAUGAUCAGAUGUUGGUGAUUCUUUCUAUCCGAGGACAACUCUGCUUGUUUUCAAGAGAUGGAGCAGAACUUCAUCAAACAAAUCUUACUGUAGAUUGCUCUAGCAUGGAUGAUUUCAUUAUAUAUCAUACCCACUAUAUGAAUACCUUUGGAAAUCCAGAGAAGGCUUACCAUAAUUCAGUAGCUGUAAGAGGGGCUACAAUCUACAUACUUGGUCCCAUGCAUCUCAUAAUUUCUCGCCUUCUGCCAUGGAAAGAACGAAUUCAGGUUCUUCAGAAGGCAGGUGACUGGAUGGGUGCAUUAGAUAUGGCGAUGAGACUUUAUGAUGGCCAUGCACAUGGGGUAAUUGAUCUCCCUAGAACGGUCACUGCUAUCCGGGAGGCCAUAAUGCCUUAUUUAGUUGAGCUGAUCUCAUCAUAUGUUGAUGAAGUGUUCUCUUAUAUUUCCAUAGCCUUUUACAACCAAAUAGAUAAAAUUGGCUUAAAGGAAGACCCUAGCAUCACUGAUAGUUCUGUGCGCUUUGAGAUAGCGGAACAGUAUGCUCGUGUUGGCGGGGUUGCUGUAGAAUUUUGUGUUCACAUAAAAAAGACUGACUUAUUAUUUGAUGGAAUCUUCUCAAAAUUUGUUGCUGUUCAACAUGAAGGCACUUUUUUGGAGAUUUUAGAGCCAUAUAUAUUAAGGGAUAUGUUAGGAUGUUUGCCUCCUGAGAUCAUGCAAGCGUUGGUAGAGCAUUAUAGUAUCAAAGGGUGGUUAGAACGAGUUGAGCAAUGCGUUCUUCACAUGGACAUUUCUUCCUUGGAUUUUAAUCAGGUUGUGAGGUUAUGCCGGGAACAUGGAUUAUAUGGUGCACUGAUAUAUCUUUUCAAUAAAGGUUUAAAUGAUUUUAAAGCACCUCUAGAGGAACUAUUGUUGGGCCUACAUAGUAGCUCUAGUAUUGAUGUCGCUUCUAUUGGGUACAGAAUGCUUGUUUAUCUGAAGUAUUGCUUUCAAGGUCUUGCAUUUCCUCCAGGACAUGGUUAUCUUCCUCCUUCUAGAUCACCUUCAAUUUGGAAAGAAUUGUUGGAAUUUUUACUCGAAGAUUCUAAAAUUUCACUCUCACAAGUGUCAAAAAAGCUCAAAUCUUUUUCUGGAAAUUUACCAAACCUUUUCUAUAUCCUUUACUUGGACACCGAAGCAGCUCUGGAUGUUCUACAGUGUGCUUUCAAUGAAGCAGAACAUAUUAAAGAUCCGUCAGAUCUUGGCCAACCAGCUUCUCAUGUAGAUCUAGAAAAUAAACAUGAACUUGAGUAUUCAAAAAGCCAAUAUUCAAUGGUGCAAAGUAUUGCAAAUGCACUAAUAUCUAUUAUUGACUUGGAAUCUGACAUUGUUUGGUUCUUUGAGAUGGAUUGCAAUGAAGAUGUUUGGCCUUUGAAAAAAGACAUUUAUUUUAUACUAGACUUUAUAGCGUACCUUGUUGCAAGUAAAAGAGCCACAAUUUCUGCGAGAGUAUUGAUGCAUAUUGCUGAAUAUUUGACAUUACAUGAUCACAGUCAGAAAGAUAGAGAUUCUAUAAAGGAAAGACGGCUACUUUCUGUUUUGAAGGCAGUACCUCAGGAAAUUUGGGAUACUUCUUUUGUUUUGCCUCUCUGCAUGGAGGCUAAAUUCUAUCAGGCAUGUGGCUUUAUUCAUUACAUCAGAGGGGAGUAUGUUGAUGCCCUAGAUAGCUAUAUGCAGGAUUUGGAUGAGCCUAUCCAUGCAUUUUCUUUUAUUAACAAGUUGUUCUUGCAACUAGACAAUACGAAAGCUUUAUUAUUUCAAGCAGCAGUUAUUUCCCGUUUUCCUGAGCUGGUUAAACUUAGCAGGGAAUGCACAUUUUUCUUAGCUAUUGACCAACUUGAUAUUGAGAUGCAGAAUAUUCUUUCACAGCUUCAUUCUCAUCCACAGAGCCUUUUUCUUUUCUUGAAGACUUUGUUUGAUUUUCACAUAUCUGGCACUCUCAACUUUCCUGUGCCUGAAACUGCUCUUGUCGCAAAUUAUCCUAAUGUUAGAAUGAGGGAUUCACUUAUUGAUAUUGCAGAUUACUUGGAGAAACUAUCAAAUUUCCCAAAGCUUUUGCAUCAUGACACAAUUCAAGUGACUGAUGAGAUGGCAGAGCUGUAUUUAGAGCUUUUGUGCCAGUUCGAACGAAACUCUGUUCUUAAGUUUUUGGAGACGUUUGAUAACUAUAGACUGGAGCACUGUUUGAGACUCUGUCAAGAGUAUGGUGUUACAGAUGCGGCUGCAUUUUUGCUGGAACGAGUUGGUGAUGUUGGGAGUGCUUUAGUAGUCCUAAUGUCUGGACUUGAUGAAAAAAUUGAAUUACUUGUUUUUGCUGUGGUCAAUAAAUUCUCUGACGCUACUUCAAGAAAUAUGUCUGAGACAGAGCAACUUGCUGAUGCCUUGAAACUUACAGAGGCUUAUGCAGUGCAUGAUGUUUUACGUGCCUCAGUUGGCUUAUGCCAAAGGAACACUCAACGUUUGGAUCAACAAGAAUCAGAAUCUCUUUGGUUUCGGUUAUUUGACUCGUUCUCUGAGCCACUUAGCAGAUUCUGCAGCUGCAAGGAAGCUCCUGAAGGGAAAACCGAUUAUGGCAAAUUGAUUGCUGGUUCCAAGUCAUUUGUUGUCACCAAUGAAUUAUUGUCUCGAUACAAGCUUUCAAAGCUUAAGAAAUGUGAUAAUAUUUUGAAAAGACUAUUUUCCCAAUUUAUUGGAGAAAUCAUGGAGGGAAUGGCAGGAUAUGUACCCCUUUCCGCAGUAAUGCUUAAGUUCCUUUCAGACAAUAGAAAUCAAGAGUUUGGUGAUUUUAAAAUGACAAUUCUGAAAAUGUUGGGAAGUUACAACUAUGAGAGAAGAAUACUGGAUACAGCCAAAUCAUUAAUAGAAGAUGACACAUUCUAUACCAUGGGCGUUCUAAAAAAGGGAGCUUUGCAUGCUUUGGCACCACAAACUCUAACCUGCUGCUUCUGCGGCUUGCCUCUUACAAAGGUAUCGUCUUCUUCCGGGAUUCGAAUAUUUAACUGCGGACAUUCGAUCCAUCUCCACUGCGAGUCCGGAGAAAACGAACACCAUUGCACAAUUUCUGCAGUUAUGUGCCCUGUUUGUCAGAUUAAGAAAAACCCAAAACCAAGAAGUAAAGCAGCUAUCGCUGAGAAAGGAUUAGUUAAUAAUGUUAUCUCAACCCCAAGAAACUCUAGCUUGCAACAUCUGCAUGAAACUGAUUUGAUAGAUAAGUCCUAUGGCCUCCAGCACAUUUCUAGGUUUGAUAUCUUGAACAACCUCGAGAAAAAUAAGUCUCUCCAUAUGAAUAUCUUACCUCAGUUGAGGCUUGCACCGCCGGCCAUUUACCAUGAAAAAGUCCUGAAGGGACCAGUUUCUUUGACGAGGGAGAUGCAAGAUACACCGCCGAAGAAGGAGAAGCUGGCUAAACGCCGAUUUCCCUUAAAAUCCAGUUUCUUUGGAAUGGAGAGAAAUAAAGUGCGCUAAAACUUGCUUUCAAUAGUUGGCAGGUUAGUUUUGACUUUGGUUUUCCUGUGCUCAGACCCUCAAGUCUGGUAAAAAACUGGAAGGAAUGUACAUGAAGUUUGCCCAUUUGAAUCCAACCUUGAUAGCGUAGGGGAGGGUAUAGAAUUGAAGUUAGAAUUGUUAGCUAAAUUUUGUUUUGUAUUUAGAGUUGUAAAUAAUACAAAUGUACAGUUGCGGUAUGUACUAGGAAUUAAUUAAUUCUUCGCCCUUCAUUCAAAUUUUGUAAUGCAUAAAUUGUAUUCUUCUUGUACAGUGUAGUUCAACUGGGGAGGACUGU